AUGUCAUCCAUCAUGUGUAAAAACAAACGAAACUAUUCAACUGAUGCAUCAACAAAUAAUGAAAAUCAUACUAAGAAAACUGUGGCAAUAGAAAGUUCGGCUGUUAAGGAACAAAUACUUUCUAAGACACUGAAAUCGAAUGUUAUUGAGGACUAUUGGCAUGAUAUCGAGUCUUAUAUCCACGAGCCUGGCUUUUUUCAUUUUGAUGGGCCGGAUUCUCUGUCUACCAUGAGGGACCCCAAAUUCAUACGAAAGUUGAUUUCCGGUGCUAUUUCUCAAAAACGAACGGAGGGAGACUUAUUACCUAGCAUCUUUGCCAAAAGAUGCUGUGAACUAUACGAGAAAUUGGAUAAGGAAGGAAGAAUCUUGUUUAUGGGAGUGUUAGCUCGUGAAUUUGGAGUACCACAAGACGAAUCACUAAAAGCCGCACAAAACUACAUUGAAGCUACCAGAGAAGACAAGACAGCCAAUGCAGUUCUUCGCGCCGAACAACUACUUCGUCAUGUUUUAGUACCUUACCAUAAUAUUUUCUUUGACCGUGUGAAUGAUUUGCCAGACGGGACAAAGUUUCUGUUAGACUUCCGCACGGAAUUGCUUACUACUAUUAAUGUGCGAGAAUAUGAAGAUAAUACGUAUUUGAUGGCACUAAAUAAUUCAUUAAAAGAAAAACUUAGAGGUUGGCUGAUUGGAUUUUCGGAACUUGAGCGAAUCACGUGGAAAUCGCCAGCAAUUCUUCUGGAAAAGACGAGUCGGACCUGGCGUCUUUUUGGAUACUUUUAUCGAACUAUACCACACGAGCCUCUUGUUUUUGUACAAAUAGCACUAACUAGUGAAUUAUCUGGAAAUGUUCAGACUAUAUUAAACGACCGAUCACCCGUGACACCUGAUCACCCUCAAUAUGCAAUAUUUUAUUCAAUAACCAGCCAACCUGGUCUAUCGGGCAUUGAACUAGGAAGUUUCCUACUGAAGCGAGUUAUAAUUGAAUUACAAAAAGAAUUUCCUAGCAUUCAUACUUUUUCUACACUUAGUCCAAUUCCUGGAUUUCGUAACUGGUUAGAAACAACACUCGAACUUGAAGGUACUAAUAUCUUUUUGAGCGGCGAAGAGGAUAGAAUAAAGACCCUUGCAAAUCAAGUAUCAACUGAUUCCGCAAUUGAUGAUGGUGUCAAGAUACUAAAAGACAUUCUAAAGUCUAAUGAGUGGGCACAUAAUGAGACGAGUAAUGAGAUUCUGAAACCUGUUCUAUUGAGAUUAUGUUCCAGGUAUAUUUUGACUGAAAAGCGUCGUAAUCUAGCGCGCGAUCCAGUUGCUAACUUUCAUAUAAGAAACGGCGCAUGUAUACAUCGAAUAAAUUGGUUAAGCGAUACUUCAGACAAAGGAUUCGAGCAGUCAUUUGGAAUCAUGAUCAAUUAUAAUUACGUGACUUCCCGAAUCGAAGAGAACAACCUGAAAUAUCUUCGUGAUGGAACAGUCACUUUAUCUUCUAAUGAAGAUUUAUUUUUGAAUGAAGAAGCUGCGAGAUCGUCCGCUAAAAUUGAGCGCUUGAUAAUACGUGAUACUGAAGAUCAUCUUAUCAGAAUACCAUUUCAGAAAUAUGAGCCUGUAACACGGAAACUUUUAAAGAGACGGCUUCGAAAAGCAAAAUCAACUUUUUCUUCGGGAACCUUUUAUUCGCCAAUACAAGUAGGAAACCCACCACAAAAAUUUCAUGUACAAUUUGAUACAGGAUCUGCAGAGUUAUGGUUACCUUCUAUAGAAUGCAAAUCAGCUGUAUGCCAAUCCCGCGGGUUAUUCGAUCCAUUCAAAUCAAGUACAUGCAUAAUGGAAAGACAUUCAUUAUGGGACAUAGAAUACGCGGAUGGUGACAAAGCAGAAGGAUAUUAUGUACAAGAUACAAUAUGGAUUGGGGGAGCAAAAGCAGAUAAUCAAACAUUUGGACUCGCAUUAACAGAAUCAGAUGGUUGGAAAGAUCAAGAAAAAAUUGACGGAGUAUUUGGACUUGGAUUCUCAUUCAAUAAUGCUGAUAUUCACAUACCGGUAACACCGAUAGAAACUCUCUUCAAUCAAUAUCAAAUCUCUAAACGAGUAUUUGCGGUUUAUUUUCAACAACCUAACUCUAAACAUGGGGAAUACACUUUUGGCGGAAUAGAUAGAACACAGUACAACGGAAAAAUCAAUUGGGUCCAUCUUUCAAAACACAUUGAUACGGAUUGGAUAAUACCGAUUGAUGAAUUGAUUCUUUACCCUUCUUCUAUAGCUGCUUAUUUCCCGGUAGAUUCUUUUGACUACCAGUCGGAAGACGACCAAAAUGGUGUGUAUAUUGGAAGCGGACACGCGCUAAUUGAUACUGGUACGACUUCGAUUAUCUUACCAAGUGCAAUUGUGCAUGAAUUUCAUACGAGUAUACCACAAGCACGAUACGAUGGCGAAACGAACUUAUGGGCAUUUCCGUGCUCGUUUAAAGAAAGCGACGGGAUUGCUGCUACGGUGGUGUUGGCGAAACGUGAGUUUAAUGUACCGUGGAAGAAGGUUGUUGGUGAAGUUUCGUGGAAAAAAGAAGAGAUGGCUGGAGUUAUUGAUGAAGAUUAUUGUGAGAGUUGGGUGAAUGCUAUGGAUGAAGAUGAUAAUGAAUGGAUACUCGGCGCUGCGUUCUUGACCACUACAUAUACGGUUUUUGACAUGGACUCGAAAAAAAUUGGUUUCGCAACCCCAAAUUAA